CAAAAAGGACCGUGAUGAACAUUUACUUCAAGUUAUUGCUGAAGCUCAAGUCGACAAUGAUGCAAUCGAUCCUGCACUUUUGCCAGCAAAUCAUGAUGUUUAUGGCGAAUACGACAUGGAUGACAGCGAUGACUUGCUUGAACUAUUAGGCAAUAUAGAUGAAUAUACAACUGCUGCAGUCAAUACCACAAGAAAAACAACAAAAAAUAAAUAUAUUGAAGAAACUAUCGAAGCAGUCGAGAACGUUGGACGAUUUAAUCAUACGAACAUACAUUACCAAUCUUCUUCAGAUAUAUCAAUUGAUCGUACUAAUCGACAACUUAUACCGUUCCUUUAUGCAACACCUCAUCUUGUUCAACUCAAUACAAAAUGGUCAGAACACUUGAAGAUCGAGAAAGAACGAGUUAGACGAAGUUUAAUUACAAGGAACUAUGACAAAGAUGAUGAUACAUUGGAUUUAUUUGCUGCAAGAGAUGCUGUUGUGACAGUGAUGGCUCCAAAUAAUUAUAGUACUAACAAUUUUGAAAACUAUGGUUCAAUUCUUUCAGUGCUCAAAGUCAUAAAUAACUUUCCUACUCCGACAAAUAUUAUUAAUGAAUUUACAUUAAACAGAGAACAACGAGCUGCAGUUAUGAUCAUAACAAGUCAUCUUGAUGGUGACAGCCGAUGUCGCACAGGUAUUUUUACAAUACAUGCCAUUACAAAUCGUAAUAUACAAUCUGUUUAG